UGAAAAUACAAUGUUUUUUGGUUGUUAAAAAUAUAUUUCACAGCGGUUUAGAUGGUACAAUGUAAACAAUGUCUUUGAGGUGCUGGAUAUAAAUCAUCUAUUCAGCAAAUGAUUGAAAGAGACUCUGCCCACUGCAAUCUGGCUCCCAUGUGGUUUAUUAGUGACAUCAUUUCCACUUUACUUUAGAUCUUCAUCAGGCCUCACUUGAAAACAGUGGUGGCUGGUGGCACGUUAAAUCGGAAGACGAGAGCUUAGUAUGGCUGGAACGGAAUAAAUGGAAUGGUAUCAAACACUUGUUCCAUGUUUUUGUAAGCAUUCCAUUCACACCAUUUCAGCCAUUACUAUGAGUCGUCCUCUCCUCACCAGCCUCCUCUGUUCGAUAACGUGAUAACUAUUGACAUGUGUUUUCUAACAUAACCCUCCUCUUCCACCCCUGGGUCGUCAGGAUGAUUGACACCCUAUAUGAGUGGAUUUGGUGGGACCGCUUCUGGCUGCCAGUCAACCUGACCUGGGCGGACCUAGAGGACAGAGAUGGGCGUGUCUACGCCAAAGCCUCUGACCUCUAUGUGACGUUGCCUUACGCCAUAGUCUUCCUACUGGUCAGAUACCUGUUCGAAAGGUUGAUAGCCACGCCUCUAGCAGCCUCAGUGGGGAUCCGGGAGAAGGCCAGACUGAGAGUAGCAGACAACCCCAUCCUCGAGCUUUACUAUCUCUCUCACUCCAGAAACCCUGGCCAGGCAGUUAAAGAUGGUCUGUCUAAGAAGAGCGGCUGGUGCGUUAGGCAGGUGGAGCGCUGGUUCAGAAAGAGAAGAAACCAGGAUCGUCCCGGAGUACUGAAGAAGUUCAGAGAGGCUGGUUGGAGGUUUGUGUUCUAUCUGUUGGCGUUAAUUGGAGGAGUUGUGUCCCUGUAUGAUAAAGAAUGGUUUUAUGAUACGCGGGAAGUGUGGAAUGGAUUUCCUAAACAGACUAUGCUGGAUUCUCAGUACUGGUACUACAUCCUGGAAAUGAGCUUCUAUGGUUCUCUUCUGUUCAGAGUCACCUUUGAUGUCAAGAGGAAGGACUUUAAGGAACAGAUCAUCCACCAUUUGGCCACCCUGACGCUGCUGUCCUUCUCUUGGUGUGUCAACUACAUCCGUAUAGGAACCCUGGUGAUGCUCAUCCACGAUGCCUCCGACGUCCUGCUAGAGUCUGCCAAGUUAUUUAACUACGCCAAAUGGGAGAGAACCUGCAACAGUCUCUUUGUGGUGUUUGCCAUUGUGUUCAUGGUAACCCGACUGAUCAUCUUCCCAUUCUGGCUGAUCCACUGUACGUGGGUGUACCCCACACUCCAGUACCCCCCGUUCUUUGGUUACUACUUCUUCAACGUCAUGCUGGUGGUCCUCCUGUUCCUACACAUCUUCUGGGCCUACCUCAUCCUGCGCAUGGUCAAGAAGUUCCUCUUUGGCAAAAUGACCAGAGAUGAAAGAAGUGAUGAUGAGGAGGAUGGUGAAGAAAGCAGUCUGACUGAAGAGGAAAAAGAGGAGGGCAGUUAUCGUUACACCAACGGCAAUGGUUCUGGACUGGGCACAAAGGAGUGCAACAAUGGCUGCUUCAGACACUUAUCUCUCUCGGAGAACGUCUGCCCAUCAAAAACUGUCUACUGACCAAGCUCGCGUCGUGAUUGGCAGAGCCCUACACCAGAGGCAGGAAGUGGUGGGAUCAAGGUCAUAGGAGAAGCUGGAACAACACAAAACAGAUUCCAUCCCAUAUGGAAAAACAACAGCAAGCAGACAAACAUUUAGAUGAAGAUUUAUGACUCUAGAAUUUGGAGUGUAGCCUGGCAAAAAAUAAAUGCUUCACACACAGAAAGAGACCGUAUUUCUUGGCCUGUAGUUUCUUCCACGUCCAAACUCCUCUCAUCUUCAAGGAAAACAAUGUUGACGAUGGCACAGUUUCACAUGGAACCCUCAGACAGCAAUGAGACAAAGACCAGAAAACCAAAACCAAAAAACACUAAAACCCUUGUGUUUUUGUUCAUCGUCAUAUUUAAUCUGUUCAGUAUUGCUGCAGAAAGGUGGUGCACGUCAUGAAACGGUGCCACACGGACGCUCCGCCUGAGCCCUUCAUCCAUCAAGGCCUGGCAAGGGUUUAUAGUUUAUGGGCUGCAUUCAUUCAUUAGCGGCCUACAUGUUUUAUUUCAACCUCUGCUGGCUAUGGGGGUUAGUUAUGGACAACCAGGAGAUGAAUGAGAGGCAAUAUCACAAUGGACUCCUCCAGAUGAUAUUGACACGUGUGUUUUGGAGAGUGGGGGGGUAGGUUUGUGCCUCCAAGUCCUUCUCAUCCCUCUCUCUGACUCCCCCUCCUUCUCAUUCUCUCCUACUUCCUCUCUCCUUCUCAUUCUCUCCUACUCCCUCUUUCCUUCUCUCCUACUCCCUCACUCCUACUCCCUCUCUCCUACUCUCCUUCUCCCUCUCUCUUACUCCCUCUCUCCUACUCCCUCUCUCCUUCUCUUACUCCCUCUCUCCUUCUCCUAAUCGCUCUCUCUCUCUCUCUCUCUUUCUCUCUCAUUCUCUCACCCUCUCUCUCUCUCUCUCUCUCUCUUUCUCUCUCAUACUCUCUCUUUCUCCUACUCUCUGUCCUCUCUUUCCUUUCAUCUCUUUCCACAAGCAUUUUUAUUGAAUACGAUCAACACUUUUUCAUACUUUAUGUACAUUUCUUCAGAUACAAAAACAACAUGCCAAUAUUUGGCUAAUUGAUUGACCCAUACAGUAACUAUGGUCUGUAUUUUACAAGUGCAUGUAUUUGGUGUUGUAUUUAAUCAUAUGAUUGUAUGAGAACGUGUGAUUCAGAGGAAAAAUCCUAUGUCGUUCAGAAUGCUGAAGAAACAUUUACGUAACAAUGAAACAAUGUUACACUGUUUUAAUGAAGCACUGUAAAACCUUUAGGAGUCACUCACUGUGAUUUGUAAAACAGAUAGGUUUCUAAAAGGUAUAGAUUGGCAUGUUGUAGUGAACAUCCCACUGUAACUAGCUUAAAAGAAAGGCAUUUCACUGUACUUGUGCUCGUGGCCUUGAAACUAUAACUGUCUAGUGUCCUGUGUUGUAUGUACUGCAAUAAACCUGUCUUUGACCA